UGCAAAGGAAAGCAGAAAGAAAAUGCAUAUUUAGAGACACGCGGUGAAAGAACUUAACAUUCGCAACUUCAGUUUUUGGGAAUCUUGUGGAAUUACCUGUGGGCAACUGGACUUCCCAGAGUAAAGCUAAAGAUUCAUGAGAUAACCUUUAUAGACGUAACUAGAUAUUUUUUUUAUUUAAUUUUGUGUGCAGUUUUUACUCAAAAGUGGGGUCUUUUUCCACAUAUGGUGUCUUGUACUGUGAACAGUUGAGCAGCUGAGACUACACUGCCAUCUUCAGACAGCUCAGUGGAACUACCAUCACUCACAAGGCAGCAUAACAGAUUCUCGGACUCUUGGAGCUUCGUAGAAAACAGAAACAUGGACACGCAGGAUUGUGCCAGGACCACGUCGCCUGACGACAUCUUAAUUGGUUCCUGGGUCGAUCUGCAAUUCAACAGCAGUGACUCUCCAUACUCAAGUCUCCACGGAGGUCAGGAGCAAAUCUCCGUGUCCAGUGACGAGUCUGCCGACAUCGAGAUAAUGCUGCUGGACGCACAGCACGAGUCGGGCCGAAGCAGCUCCGCAAAGAGCUCUCCUUGCAGUCCUCUGGAACCAGAGACCCUCUAUCUCACGAGCAGCAGCUCAGAGGAAAACCUCCCACAGGCGGAUCAAGACUUCCAAAGAAGAAGACGCAAAGUCAAAAAACUGAGGAAAACAAACCUCGACUCUUUGAGUCUGGCUGAGAUCAUUCCAUUAAACAGUCUACUGAGACCAGAGACCUUCCUUUUCACAAGCAGCGGCUCAGAGGGAAACAUCUCACAGUCAGAUCAAGACUCCCAAGUAAGACGACAGAAGGUCGACAACCUGAUGGAGACAAACUCCGACUCUUCGAGUCUCUCUGUGAUCAGUUCACCAGAUAGCCCACUGAGACUCGAGACCCCCGAUCUUAUGAGCAGUAGCUCAGAGGGAAACAUCUCACAGUCGGAGGAAGACUUCCAAGAAAGAAGACAGGAUGACGUAAACAUCCUGAUGAGGAAACACUCAGACUGGAUAGAGGAUUUGUUGAGUCGAUCAGAGAGUAAUCCACCAAACAGCCCAGUGACCCCCAUCCUCAUGUGCAGUGACUCGGAGGAACACAUCUCACAGUCAGAUCAAGGGUUCCGAGAAAGAAGACAGGAAGUCGACGACCUGAUGAAGGAAACCUCAGACUGUUUGAGUCUGUCUGAGAACAUUCCCCCAAACAGCCCACUGACACAAGAGACCAUCCUUCUCACAAGCAGCAGCUCAGAGGGAAACAUCUCACAGUCAGAUUUCCGUCAAGACUCUCAAGAAAGAAGACAGGAAGUCAACAACCGGAUGAAGGAAAUCUCUGACUGUUCAAGUCUGUCUGAAAACAUUCCGCCAAACCAUGGCGGUGUCUUCAGAGGAGAGGCUUCUGCUGGUCCUGCCAUAAUCUCAGGUUCACUGUUUUCCCACAUUGACAGAUCUCACCUGGCUGAUCUGGUUUUCCCUGAAAAAAGCAGCCUUAAGAGACCAGAUAUUCCCCCUCAUACAUGCAGGUGCACAGAGGCAAACAUCUCACAGUUGGAUCUUUACUUAGAAGAAAGAAGACAGGAAGUCGACAACCUGAUAAAGACGAUCUCUGACUGUUCAAGUCGACCCGAGAUCAGUCCACCAAACAGCCCACAGAGACCAGAGACCAGCCUUCACACAAGCAGCAGCUCAGAGGGAAACAUCUCACCGGGAUUUCCUGCUGAAGCACCCAAAGCGCUCAACCUUUCUCUGCAUUAAGGAGACCAGCGUGUUGAAGGAGGGAGGCAUUCUGUCUUCUGGCUACCCAAAGUAUUUUCUCCCCUCAUUAAUCUUCUCUCACAUAGUUGCUUUUGGCAUAGGGUAAGUACCAUCAUUUAAUGCUAACUCUUGCAAUUUUACAGUCAAACCAAAAAAACACUUAAUGGGAAUCUCCAGAGGCAGAUGCAGAAGGAUCAACUUCUAAGCCCCAAUUUGUGAUGACAAAACAAUGUACAUACGGAAAAAUAGACCCGUUUUCCAACAGUUUAGUAACAUCGCUGACUAUAAUUGCACCAAGAUAGUGUGAAUAAUUUAGUGGUAGUCUCCUAUGUUGGUAUGUAUUAAAAGGGCAAGUCAGGGGCAUGAUAGUGUUGUGUUUGGAUUUUUGGUGGAAAGAAUGCACUGUUUCACCCUGACCUUAAGCUUCAUGAACCUUAAAAAGGUGCCAUAAACAAAUCUGCCAGAACAUGCAUUUUACAUGUUAAAAUUAAAGCUUACUAAGCCAAUCAAAGAAGAAUGACAUCAUUUGUGGUACGACAAUGCCACAGUAGUUUGAUGGUACACUUGGGAACAGGAAGGGUGAGCAGCAGGGGAGUCCCCCAUUUUUUACAAUCGGCAGUUUCGCCAUUAGAUGUCACUAAUUCUCACACACGGGACUUUUAAGAGAGUAGAAGGAUGGGUAAAGGAUGAAGAUGAACCUCUAGUAUGUUUCCUUUAGUCGGUUGCAUACAGUAGGGCUGCGACGAGUAUUUUCAUAAUUGAUUCAUCGACAGAUUAAUUGAGUUAUCGUUUGUUCCUUAAAAUGUCAGUUUUCAUGAUUUCUUUGUUAUAUAGAGCAAAGAAACCAGAAAAUAUUCCCAUUUAGGAAGCUGAAAAAUCGGAAAGAUCGCCUUUAUUCUAGCAAACAUCCAGUUGAUUAAGUUUGUGAUCAAGAUUUGUUUUCAACGCUGUAUCCGUCUCUCUUUCAGGAUAUACUUUGGUAAGCGCAUCGCCUCUCACAACUCCAUCUGAACAUAGUGACAUAUUUUUACGACGCCGUGUCACCUUGACGUGACCAUCAAGCCUCAAAAUGGAACCUUCUUGUAGAUCACACGAGAUGUGGCUUAUGUGAUGUAGCCCUUCAGGGAGAAAACACUCAGUCGCUGCUUUUCUUGUGGCUGUGACACCUGAACACUGCCAGAGACACUGUCCUGGAUGUGGAUAUGAAGGUUUCACCGCAUCCUGCUCCUUACAUUUUGCACAUUAGAAGUGCUUUAUACAAUAUUGAAAACCACUGCCUUUAACUUUUUUUGCACCAAGAAAAUGACUUGAAAGUUAAAAAUAAUGACUGAAUUUAGUUUAGUGGAUAAACACAUUUAGAGUGAGAGUUAAACGUUUAGACACACCUUCGCAUUCAAUGGGUUUGUUCGCUGAUAUUACUUUUUACAUUGUUGAUUAAUACUGAAAAGUUAAAAGUAUGAAAAGAACACACAUAAAAUGAAAUGUUCAAGAAACCACGAUAUGUUUCACAUUUUAGAUUCUUCAGAAUAGCUAACUUCUGCUUUGAUGAAAGCUUUGCACACUGGAGGAAGUCAACUGGAAUGGUUUUCAUUUGACAAAUACAUUUAUUUAUUUAUUAAUGUUGAUGUUACCAAUUGUGCAUUUUUGUUCUGAGAAACGUCAUACAUUUUGCUUAGUCAUUAAAACAUAAUUUUACUUGUCCAAGUUUUUUUUUAUGUAUUCAAUAUUUAGGUUUUACAUUAAAUACUGUAUAUAAUUGCACUACAGUGCAGAUUGGAGAGACAGACCAUUGGCGUUGUUCAAUAACUGAACUGGCAUCAAUUAUUGGCUAUUGGCUGCACUGAUUUCUAAAUCAGCUAUUGAAAAACAUUAUUGGAAGGGUCUGUGCACAGUUCUUUCAAGACUACUGUUCUAAUCCAAUCAGUUAUUGCAAGAACCCCUCAACUAAGUAAAGAAGAUCAUCAGUCCAUUACUUUUAGACAUGAGGGUCAGUCACCUGGGAAAAUUUCAAGAACUUAGAAUGCAUCCAUAAGUGCAGUUGUGAAAACUCUCCAAGGUUGUGAUGAAACUGUCUUACGUGAGGUCCAUCUCAUGAAAGCAAGACCCAGAGUUACCUCCAAAUCAGCAGAUUAACAGCACCUCAGAUUAGAAUCUACACAAAUGAUUCAGAGAGUAAAAGCAGCAGAAAUGUCUCAACACGAAACUGCAUUAAUCAGGCAUCAAUGGUGAAACUGCUGCAAAGAAGUCACUACUGAGGAAGACUAAGAAGAUCAUUGCCUGGGCCAAGAAACACAAGGAAUGGAUGUUAGAUGAGUGAAAAUCCAUACUCUUGUCUGAUAAAUCCUAAUUUGAGUUCAAUCUGCCACAUCCUGGAGGAGGAGGUGGAAAGAUGGUGUGGGGAUGCAUUACUGCUGUCAAUGUUGGCAGUUAUCCAAAAUUCGAGGUACACAUGACCACUAGAACAACCACAAUAUUCUGCAAUGCCGUGUUUUUUAACAAACACCUCACCUCCAGGAUGCGUAAAGGCUAUUUGACCAAGAAGGUAGUGAUAGAGCACCCAACCUAAACCUGGUUUAGGAUCAGUUGGGCUGAAGGCAAAGUGCUCCGCAUGUGUGGAAACUCAUUCAAAACUAUUUUAAAACCAUUCCAGGUGACAUGUCAUCAAAGCAAAGGGUGGCUAAUUUGAAGAAUUUAAAAUAUAUAAAACAUAAAAUAGUUUCUAGUGUACUUAAUAUUAAUUUACAAUGUAGAAAAACCUGCAGGGAAAUCCUCAACAGUGUAUUGUCCAAGGAAUCAUUAGCUUAGUCCUUGAGAGGUUUAAUCACUGUUUCAAUCUGUGCAAUUAUAAAUCAUAGAAAACCACUGUGAACUUGUUAAGCAUAAAGCUGGUUGUUAAAACACAUGGACUGUAUCAGCCUGAUUUAAUUACAUUAAAUACACACUUACAGACCACUUUAUUAGGUACAAGUGUGGGGUGUUCUUUGUUUGUUUAUAUCCCUGUUAGCUUCCACUAUGGUGGUUGCUAAUCUU